UGAAACUGCAGGAAUGCGAGUUAUACUAUUUCUCCGUCUCCAGCGCUGUAUCCUCAAGGAAAUGCAGUCGAAGUCCACCUUAUACAUCGCAUCGAAGUGACCUAACACCGUGUUAUCGGAAGGAUCCGCGUGUUAUCAGUAAUCGCUGGGGAAAUUACUUUUUUAUUGUUUUUCUUCGUCGCUUAUUGGGGAUUCGGUUCACUUUCAACACGAGGCUUUGCCCGGGAUGUUUUCGCUGUUCCUCGUUUGUUUUUAUGAGCGAUCUUGAAAUGAAACCAGGUGGACAACGGAGUUGCGCAAGAGCUGAGGUCUGAUGCCCGCCGGCCGCCGCCAUGUUCACUAAGAAGAAGAAGCAGCGCAUCCAGAUCUCGGCGCCCUCCAACUUCGAGCACCGCGUGCACACGGACUUCGACGAGCAGGAGCAGAAGUUCGUGGGGCUGCCGCGCCAAUGGCAGAGCCUGAUCGAGGACACGGCCAAGAGGCCCAAGCCCUUCAUAGACGCCACGGUCAUCACCACUGUGGAGCCGCGCAAGACGAUCGUGAGGGGCAGCAAGAUCGGGGUGGACGGCUCUCUCACCUGGCUGCUGGACGAGUUUGAGACCAUGUCGGUGACGCGCUCCAACUCCCUGCGGCGCGGCAGCCCCCCCAUCCAGCCCAGGCGCGACUCGGGUUCGUCCGUGGGGGGCCAGGAGAACGGCGAACCCCCCUACCGGCCGCACGGCCACCCGGACCGCCACGGAGACAGCAGGGAGAGAGAGCGGCCCAGACAGGAACACCCCGGAGCAGACCCCCGGCAGUCCCAGCGGCCGUCCACCCGCGACGACGCCCGCCCCCAGCAGCAGCCCCGGGGCCAGGAGCCCGGCCGCCACCGGGAUCGCCCCGGGGCCCCGCCCGCGCCCCCGCACAGAGACCGGGAGCCCCGCGGGCACGCCGACCAGGUGGUGCGCAGGGAGGGGGCCAGCGACAAGCGGCCCAAGUCCAGCUACACAGGCCGGGACGCCAGCCCCCAGUCCCCCCGCGACAAGAGGCCCCUGUCGGGUCCCAACAUCCGCACCCCCAACCUCCCCGUCACGGAGGGGGUGAUGAAGACGGCGCAGCAGACGGGCCGGCCCUUCAACACCUACCCCCGCACCGACAGUGACGGAGGCAGGAGCCCCAGCAGCCAGGAGCUGAAGCCCAGCAAAGCUCACGAAGCCCCGCCCCACAACGGACCCUCCAGCGGGCCGAGCUGGGCAGCGGUGGGCGGGGGCAAAGUGCCGCAGGGGCAGCCCAGGGGAGACCCCCACCCACACCACUCGUCUCACCCGGCCCUGGGCCCCGAGCCGCCGCAGCCCCACCCCCACCCGCACCCGCACCCCCAGCAGCACCAGCAGCCGCAGGGCCCCGUUCCCCGGCAGCCGGGGCCCCCGGCCCCCGGGCCGGGCCAGCAGGGCCGCUCCCCGCAGAGGGAGCCCCAGCGGGUGUCCCACGAGCAGUUCCGCGCCGCCCUGCAGAUGGUGGUGGACCCCGGCGACCCGCGCACCUACCUGGACCACUACAUCAAGAUCGGGGAGGGCUCCACGGGCAUCGUGUGCAUUGCCACCGUCAAGAGCACCGGCAAGCUGGUGGCCGUCAAGAAGAUGGACCUGCGCAAGCAGCAGCGCCGCGAGCUGCUCUUCAACGAGGUGGUGAUCAUGCGGGACUAUCACCAUGACAACGUGGUGGAGAUGUACAACAGCUACCUGGUAGGGGAUGAGCUGUGGGUUGUCAUGGAGUUCUUGGAGGGCGGGGCUCUGACCGACAUCGUGACACACACCAGGAUGAAUGAGGAGCAGAUCGCCACAGUGUGUCUGUCUGUCCUGAAGGCGCUGUCUGUCCUGCACACCCAGGGCGUCAUCCACAGGGACAUCAAGAGCGACUCCAUCCUGCUCACCCAAGACGGCAGGAUAAAGCUGUCAGACUUCGGCUUCUGUGCCCAGGUGUCCAAAGAAGUGCAGAGGCGCAAGUCUCUGGUGGGAACGCCCUAUUGGAUGGCACCGGAGCUGAUCUCCAGGCUGCCCUACGGACCAGAGGUGGACAUCUGGUCUCUGGGCAUCAUGGUCAUUGAGAUGGUGGAUGGGGAGCCCCCUUACUUCAACGAGCCCCCCCUCAAAGCCAUGAAGAUGAUCCGUGACAACCUGCCACCCAAGCUCAAGAACCUCCACAAGGUAUCUCCUCUUCUCAAGGGCUUCCUGGACCGAAUGCUGGUGCGAGACCCCGCCCAGAGAGCAACGGCCAAUGAGCUCCUGAAGCACCCCUUCCUGAGCAAGGCAGGCCCGCCCUCCUGCAUCGUGCCCCUCAUGAGGCAGAACCGAAUGAGAUGAGAGACAUCGUCAGCCAGAGCCACCCCCCCCACCCCUUUCCCCCCCCGACACCCAAGACGAAUGACGCGGUGAGGAGGGCAGACUCGUUAUGGACCCUCAGUGAAAUGACACUGCGGUCAUGCGCUCGUGAAAACCGGGGCACACCUCUUGGCAACCGAUUUACGUUUCCUCGUGUGGUCGAGCAUUUUAAGCCUAAGGCGGGCUGGAAGCUGCUUAGGAAAGGAGCAAAAAAAAAAAAGAUGAAAUUGUUGAAAUGCUCUGCCUUUUAUCCUUUUUUCCUUUUUCUUUUGUUUUUACUUGUCACUCGGGCACGGCCAUCGGGGAUGGACAACCACUGAACCCUCGAAAGGAAAGGAGGAGAGACCCUCCGGCAUCCUCAGAAAUAUCUUGUCUAUCCCUCUGUGGAGACUACACUACAUUUGGUAAUCUUUGAAAUCCAGGUGUGUUCCUGCCACUGGGUGGUGUAUUAAUUUCAGUGAAUUGCAAAUGGGACCACCCCUUGAAAUGUCCUACCGUUGACC